CUGAGCCGCGUCAGGUGACGCGAUUCACCUGGCAGCCAUUUCGCGACGUUGUUAAGACAAAAUGGCGGUGCUGCUCGAAACGACUCUGGGAGAUUUGGUGAUCGAUUUAUAUACGGAGGAGAGGCCGAGGGCCUGCUUGAAUUUUCUGAAGCUUUGUAAGAUCAAGUAUUAUAAUUACUGCCUCAUCCACAAUGUUCAGAGGGACUUUAUUAUACAGACCGGUGAUCCAACUGGCAGUGGUCGUGGAGGAGAAUCCAUUUUCUGUAAGCUCUAUGGAGAUCAGGCAAGAUUUUUUGAGGCAGAAAAAGUACCCCGAAUUAAACAUAAGAGAAAGGGAACUGUAUCCAUGGUGAAUAAUGGCAAUGAUCAGCAUGCAUCUCAGUUUUUGAUCACAGUAGGAGAAAAUGUGGAUUACCUUGAUGGUGUACACACAGUAUUUGGUGAGGUGACUGAAGGCAUGGAUGUCCUGGUGAAGAUCAAUGAGGCCUUUGUUGACAAGGAUUUCUGUCCAUAUCAAGAUAUCAGGAUAACUCAUACAGUAAUUCUGGAUGAUCCAUUUGAUGAUCCCCCAGGUUUGCAAAUCCCGGAUCGCUCACCAGAGCCCACCAAAGAACAGCUUGAUAGUGGCAGAAUAGGAGCUGAUGAAGAAAUAGAUGAUACCAAAGGAAAAACCGCAGACGAAAUUGAAGAGGUGCUAGCAGAGAAAGAAGCAAAAACUAAAGCAAUAUUGCUGGAAAUGGUUGGAGAUCUACCAGAUGCAGAAAUAAAGCCACCUGAAAAUGUGCUGUUCGUUUGUAAACUCAAUCCAGUCACCACAGAUGAAGACUUGGAGGUCAUUUUCUCAAGAUUUGGACCAAUCAAGAGUUGUGAAAUAAUUAGAGACUGGAAGACUGGAGAAUCUCUCUGCUAUGCCUUCAUUGAGUUUGAGAAGCAGGAGCAUUGUGAAAAUGCUUACUUUAAGAUGGAUAACGUGCUGAUAGAUGACAGAAGGAUACACGUGGACUUCAGCCAAUCUGUAGCAAAGGUUCAGUGGAAAGGGAAAGGUGCAAAAUACACCAAAGAUGAUUUCAAAGAGUAUGAGAAGGACCUUAGCAAACAUUCCAACAUUACCUUGAAGAGUAAAGUUCAACCUAAACAGGACCCUAAAUAUGAACUAUUACUGGAUGAGGCUGAGCCCAGUGGAAGUUACCAGCAUUCGAAGAAACCCCACAAGGAGAAGUGGCCUCGUCGACAUUUGGAAGAGGAAGAAUGUGAUAGGUGGAAAGCAGCCAACUGUAAGGCAACAACUGACAAAGAAACUAAACAGCACAGAAACAUUUCUCCCAUCGAUGAAUAUGGCAGAGAAAAAGACAGAGAUCAGAAAAAGCGGAAGCAAUAUCACAGCCGGAGCAGGAGUGGAUCCCAAGAGAAAGAUCACCAUAAGCGAUAUCGGAGUAAGAAGUCCAGACAUCGAGAAAGAACGAACAGAAGUCCCAAAAAAUCCAAAUAGGGAGAGGGUAAGGUAGAAGCUGGAACCGGAUUUUGCACUUGAAAUGGUUUAAUGUAACUGAAAUGCUUUUUAUUUAUAAAUUGUAAUAAAUCAUACACCCAAAAUGUUCUCAUGCACUGCUUUUCUACAGCUUUGGCAAUUGCACGACAGUCUUGGCAGCUUUGCACUCAUUAUGCACUUUACUCCACCUCUGGUGAGUGGGUCAAGACUGAGCUGAUGUGCUUUUAAUACGAUGCUGAGGACAGGAUAUGCACUGAAUAUGUUUCACUUUGUUUGUUUUGUAUACAUUUACUGGACACUUCAUGAGGGUAGAAAUGGUGGUUAGAUCACUAGGUGUCAGUUCAAAUAAAUCCCACUUAGUAUCUGAGGAAGGGAGUACAAAUACAGGAAAAUUGUGAAGACUGGUGUUAGUGGUUUGAGAGUCAAAAUGUCCCAUUUCAGGGACUUCAGCACAAUUUAGACUGCCAACCCAAUGCUGUGCUGGGGUGUCAUUUUCAUUUAUGAUCUGAAGCCAAGACCUAUUACUGGCUAAACCUGUUUUGAAGAAGGACUACAGAUUAAAUGUGUAAAUAUGACAGACUAAGUAGAACACUGAUGGUAAUUUGUAAAUACUCAUUAUCACAACUGUCUUCCCUUCUUUUCAUACUCGUUACAAGCCUUCAGAACAUCCACCUCCAAGUCACUGAAAUGCUCUUAACUAUGAGUUCUUAUUCUGAAUAAAAAUGCAUUUGACAAUAUUCAA